AUGUACGCUCCGCGUCCGCUGUCGUAUGCUCCCACUCCAUACAGCUAUACACCAAACCCCGCACGGUCGGCCUCAAUCAACCUCGACGAAGAAGUGAAACUAGUCUCCAGCUCAGGGGAACGUGAUCUAUACGAGUCGCUCGCCGAAAUCUACAGCAUUAUCGUCACGCUCGAUGGCCUCGAGAAGGCGUACAUCAAGGACGUGGUCACUGAGGCGGAGUACACCGAGACAUGCACGCGGCUCCUGAAGCAGUACAAGUCGAGUCUGGGAGAUGAGUCUGUGUCUCGGGAAUUCGUGGAUCUAGAAACAUUCAAGCGCACAUGGGGUCUGGAGUGUCCCCGCGCAACCGAACGACUGCGCAUCGGUCUUCCUGCGACUGUCGAGCAGGCCUCACAUGGCGCACCUGCAGCCAAUAAUGCGGCAUCUGGAGGUGGUGGUGGCGGCGGCGCAUCGGGCAGUCUUAUCCUCGCAGCGACCGAGAACUUCAUCACCUUCCUCGACGCAUUAAAACUGAACAUGUUGUCGAAAGAUGCGCUGCACCCUCUACUCUCUGAAGUGAUUCAAUCCGUCAAUAAAGUCACGGAUGGAGACUUUGAUAACCGCGGCAAGAUCAUUCAAUGGUUGAUUGCAUUGAAUCAGAUGCGAGCGACGGAGGAGCUGAGUGAGGAUCAGGCUCGGGAGCUAUCAUUCGAUAUCGACCAGGCCUACCAGGGCUUCAAAGCGACUCUGAACUAA